UAAGCAUUUUAACGAUACGCACUUAUCAGCGGCUGAAGUCAGUGUAUAUCAAGUGAAUUAGGUCUGGUGUAUUGUGGCAGAAAUAUCAGUGCUACAUUAUGGCUGGAUAAGCGACCGACAUUUUAAGGUGCCAUCGAAUUCAAUGGAUCUACGUGUCAGAUUCCGCAAGAUAUUAUUGGGUGGUCUUUUGAUGUUGGUUUUCAUGGCAUCGCUCGUCUACGUCAUCCCUGGGAGACACACCUACCGGAAAGCUCGACCUGAACAGUCGAACGCCGCAAUUGAAACAUAUCAAGAAGUACAACAGGUCAAGUGGCCAUUGACGAACGCCCAGCUGACUGUCCAGCACACGACUACGGCUAAUCACGUGUCCACGGCGAGAGAUCACGCGGAACAAGAUCAAAGUCCCGCUCCCAAAGAAGAGAUAACAUCGGGUCCACAGGGUCACUUGUUGUCGAAGAUCGUGUUAAUCUUUGCGUACCUGAGGAGCGGCUCAACGUUCACCGCCAGUCUGUUCACACAGCUUCCCGAUUCGUUCUAUGUGUUCGAGCCUCUGCACGCGCUCACCGACGCCAUCGGCAAAGAUGGCGUGCUCCGGUACAUAAACGGCAGCGUCAGACACUUCCCAUACGGUAUUGAGGAGCAGCCGGAUUGGUUGUACCGAGAAGCGAUCGAGCACUGGUUCCGGUGCCGCCUUGGCCACCUUGACACCGCGAGUCUACAAGACGACUUCCACGAGCAAUACUCCAUGAAGUCAAUGAAGCCGUUCUUGCUAUGUGUGAGGCACAAGCGUGCGUCCAAUCUGUCGGCUGAGACCGCCAUCAAGGAAUGUCUACCCCCCACGGAGAAGAAAUGUCGCGACGCACAUCUCAGGGUAUUCAAGACAAUACGGCUGUCGAUGGAAACGGUUUGGGACUUGUUGCGUCUGUUUGACAAUAUGAAGGUCAUUUUUCUGGUCCGUGACCCGAGAGGAAUGUUUGUGUCACAAGGUCGGAACUACUUAAUUAAACCCGGAAAGAAUGUUGCUCAGUUUCAGAAAAUAUGCACCAAAAUGAACGCGGACCUCAACGUUGCGAGUAGGAUACUGGCGGAUGGCAAUAAGAACGUUCACCUUGUUCGAUAUGAAGACAUCGCCUUUAAUCCAUUCACAGCCGUUGAACAGUUGUACGCAUUCAUAGGCGAACCUUUAACUAAUGCCGUGAAAAGUUACGUGAAAUUGAGCACCUCUCUUAACAUUAAAGACAGCUGUGCAUUUUGCACUUUACGUGGAAACUCCUCGGCAACAGCGACGAAGUGGCGACAUGAAAUCAAACCGAUAUUUCUUAGGAUAGCGGACAAAUAUUGCAGGACGGUCUACGACCAGCUUGGUUAUUAUCCAACGUUAGAUUUAUCAUAUUUAAGGAACGAUUCUCUUCCACUUCAAGCGAAUACUAUCCCCUUGUUAGAUAAUACUGUUAUUCAAAAGUAAUAGCGCGUGUAUUGAACACGCAGUGAUACUGUGAUUUAUUUGGACCAAAUAGUACAAAGUUUUGCCUUUAAAUUAAUAAAACAUUUUGUUUGAUUGU